CGCAUCGUUUAUAUUUAGCAGUGGCUUGCAACGCUUUUGAUAAGACAGCACAAGCACCCGAACAUUUUAGUCUUCGAAGUUGCUUAGCUCUACUUGUUGCGCUUGCAGUUUAUAUCAUCAACAUAAGCACUAUCUGAAGUGAUCAAACGAGCAUCGGUAAUUGAGCAGGCGAUAGGAGCUGGUGCCGGGGAGGACUCCGGCUAGCAAGCAUGUCCUCAACAUAUCAGAAGCCGAUUACGAUUCCGGGAGAUUUUCCGGCAAUCCUCAAAGCGUUCACGCGUGAAAUCUUGCGUGCACAGCCAUCCAACAUUUAUGAGUUUGGAGCACGCUAUUUCUCGGGGCUACAAGGGCAAGCUGAGCCUGAGGGCCUUGGGCGUGCCGCGCCCGUGGAGCCAGCGAGCACGUCGCAUGCGGCAACUAGUAAGGCGACGGAUGUGGAGGAGACAGCGGUUAUGUUCGACAUUGCGGCGCUUACGCCCGCGGAGUUGGAGCCCAUCCUGAUGAAGCUGUUCAUUGAGGCGGAUGCGGACCGCAGCGGCUUUCUGGACCGGCACGAGUUUACGGCCGUGCUGCGCAAUGCCAACCUCAAGCUGUCGGACCGCCAAAUCCGCCAGAUCCUGGCCGAGGCGGAUGAGAACGACGACGACGUCAUCCAGUACAAGGAGUUCCUGCCCAUCAUGGUGGACAUCCUGCAGAGCAUCAAGGCCAAGGAGCAGGCCAAGGCCAUGAUGCACGGCGUGGAGACCAUGGUGCGCACCGAGGUGGAGACCAUGCUGCUGCACGGCCUGCCGCAGGAGGAGCUGCAGGCUCUGAUGCUCAAGGUGUUCAAGAAGGCCGACGCCGACGGCAGCGGGCAGCUCAACCGCCACGAGUUCAAGGAGGCCCUGAAGGCCGCGGAGCUGGGCCUGACGCGCAAGGACAUCAACCUCAUCCUGUCGCACAUCGACGUGGACCGCGACGGUCUGGUCAGCUAUGAGGAGUUCAUCCCCGUGUGCUUCCAGGUGCUGGUGGAGCGCUUCAAGGACGAGAUCGUGGUGAACGACAUCCUGGGCAACGCCGACGAGCUGCAGCAGAUGCUGCUGGGCGCCUUCCGCGACGCCGACCCCGACAACACCGGCCUGCUCAGCCAGCGGCAGGUCAAGUCCAUCUUCAAGGAGCUGUCGUACAAGGCGCUGGGCCUCACCACGCUGCAGAUGGUGUCGCUGAUCAGUCAGGCGCCCACCACGCCCGACGGCAUGGUGCAGUACAUCCAGUUCGUGCCGCAGGCCGCCUCCAUCAUCCGCUCCAUGUACGACGUGGAGACCAUGAAGGGGCGCAUGCACGCCAUCAAGGCGGUGGCGGAGGCCGGCGGCAUCGCGGCUCUGGGCGCUCUGGACCUGGACCAGCUGCGCGGCGUGCUGGAGCAGGCCUUCCAGCGGGUGGACACGGAGGGCGCGGGCCAGCUGACGCUGCCGCAGGUGACGCAGGUGCUGGACGGCCUCAACAGCCUGGCGCCCGACGCCAACCUGGCGCUCAGCGACCAGCACAUGAAGGCCAUGUUCGCCGCCAUUGACGCCGACGAGAGCGGCACGGUGGACUGGACCGAGCUGGUCAACUUCAUCUGCGACGCGCUGGAGCACAUCGAGCGCGAGGCCUACGUUGCCAACAUGAGGGACGGCGGAGCGGGCGGAGCAGGCGAGGCCGAGGCCAGCCCUGGGGACGAGGAGGCGUGAGCGGAGGCGGGUGGGAGCAGGAUAGGUUGAGGCCAGGGAGUGGGCGAGGUGGAGGUGGUGACGGAGGAAGGAAGGGGUGGUGGGGGAGGGCCGAGGAGGUUUGGGACGAACGGGAUGGUGCCGUUGGCGUAGGGAUGAAUGCAUGUGAUGGGGGAGGUCUGGGUCGUGGGAAGGGGGAGGGUUGAAGAGGCUGAUGGAGCACGUCAGCUGGGCGAGUUUGAACUGGGCGACAGCAGGCGCGUAGUACGUAGCGUGUGGCGCGUGCGGUGUGCGCCGCAAGGCGCUUCUGCGGCACUGGAAACGAGAUUUUGCGGCCGGCUGCUGGCGUGAUAGGAUGACAGGAUUACGGGCAGCGGGCUAUAGGGCUGAGCACUUGACGAUAGGCAAUUGGCAAAUGCGUGGCAUUCUGUGAAGGCGGCGGAGGCACGGCACACGGAUGUUCAUGACGAGUCAGCGCCAGCAACGAGCCACACCUUGCAUAUACGUGUAACCUCAUGAUGCU